AGCUUCAUCCGCAGCUCAAAGCUCUGCUACCCUUCCAUUCUCAAUCCCCAGCCGGCUGUCACAACCGUCCCCUCAUACUUCGCUGUUAAUUCCGUUUCUAAGCGACUUGUUUUACUUGACCGUUAUCCGGAGUUUUAGCUUUUGAUCCGUACUUCCACACAAUCAUGGAGCCUUACGACGAUGGUUUCAUUGAGGAGCAAGAGGAACAGGAGGAGGAGCGCACUGAGGAGAAGGUUAUCAAUGAAGAAUAUAAAACAUGGAAGAAGAAUGCGCCAUUCCUCUAUGACAUGAUCCUCAGCACGGCAUUAGAGUGGCCUACCCUCACGACACAAUGGCUACCUGAUAAGCAAGAUGUCCCCGAUAAGCCCUACUCGACUCAUCGCCUGCUUAUUGGCACCCACACCUCGAGUGAUGCGCAAAACUACCUGCAAAUCGCUCAUGUACAACUUCCUAACCCGACUGCGCCAAACCCAGAUGAUUAUGAUGAAGAGCGUGGGGAGAUUGGGGGAUACGGCGGCAGCUCGAAGAAGGCGCCAAUGGAAAUCAAAUUUAACAUCGUCCAGAAAAUUGACCACAAGGGUGAAGUCAACAAGGCGCGAUACCAACCGCAGAACCCCAAUAUCAUUGCCACCAUGUGCACAGAUGGACGAGUGAUGAUCUGGGAUCGCUCGAAGCACCCGAGCUUGCCGACAGGCACCGUCAACCCUCAAAUGGAGCUUCUCGGUCACACACGCGAAGGAUUUGGUCUGAGCUGGAGUCCACACGCCGCCGGUCACCUUGCUACAGGUAGUGAGGAUAAGACCGUCCGUCUUUGGGAUUUGACGACAUAUACAAAGGGUAAUAAGGCACUCAAGCCUGUUCGGACUUACACACAUCAUUCUUCAAUUGUCAACGAUGUUCAAUAUCACCCUCUUCAUUCCUCGCUUAUUGGAACGGUGUCCGAUGAUAUCACCCUCCAAAUUAUCGACGUGCGAGAAGCCGAAACCACGCGUGCCGCUGCAUCAGCAGAAGGCCAGCACCGGGAUGCCAUCAAUGCCAUUGCUUUCAACCCCGCCGCGGAAACUGUUUUGGCGACCGGCUCAGCCGACAAGUCGAUUGGACUCUGGGACCUCCGUAACCUCAAGACCAAACUGCACGCGCUCGAAUGUCACAACGACUCCGUGACUUCGCUCUCUUGGCAUCCGUUUGAGGAGGCGGUGCUGGCUAGUGCCAGCUAUGACCGGAAGAUCAUGUUCUGGGAUCUUAGUCGGACUGGCGAGGAGCAGACUCCCGAGGAUGCCCAGGAUGGACCACCCGAGCUUCUGUUCAUGCAUGGCGGCCACACCAAUCGGAUUUCGGAUUUCAGCUGGAACCUGAAUGACCCGUGGGUUCUCUGCUCCGCGGCCGAAGACAACCUGCUGCAGGUGUGGAAGGUGGCGGAUGCGAUUGUUGGCAAGGACCUGGAGGAUGUGCCGACGGAGGAGUUGGAGCCAUGAGCUAUCGCUGCACCACGAGCGAGUCUGCACAACUGAUACCUAUCUGGGAUGGUCGUCUUACUUCAUGUACUCACUCUACCAGUUCACUACAAACACAGCAAGAAUAUGGGGAAAUAAUCACACGACGUUAAACUCUACUACGAGGUCUUGUUUCGGGAGUUUGGUGGCUGCUAUGUAGCAUUUGGAGCCUAGCUACGGAGUACU